CACUCUCUCUCCCCUCUGUUGUUGUUGUCUGUCUGCAUCUAUCCUCCGCGCUCCAAUAUCUUUCUGACUUCUGCCGCAUCGUCAUCAUCCUGCUGCCGCUGCCUGCCGCCGUCGCUAUUAUUAAUCGCCAUCAAAACACCGCUUCGCUCCCCAUUACUCCACUGCACCGCACCACCAUCUCUGCGCGCUGCGGCGGGCGGGAAUGCUGCUGCGCUUUCCAUGGCCUCGCUAACCCUAGCCGCGGCCGGCGCGGGAGGAUCCUCCUGAGGCGACCGACCGACCGAUCCACCGCCUAGCGCUCUCCGGGUUUGGCUUCGUUAACCCCAUGAAUCCGCUCUGCUGCAUCGCGCCCGUGUCGCUCGACCACGCCGCCGAGUACCACCACCGGCCCCGCAUCCUCGCCGCGGCCCCGACGCCGCCGCCGCCGCCGCAGCCAGAGGCGGCGGCCCCGCCGCAGCCGGAAGCGGGCGCGGCCGUUGCCGGGGUGCUGCACAAGUGGGUCAACUACGGGAAGGGGUGGCGGUCGAGGUGGUUCGUGCUCGAGGACGGGGUCCUCUCCUACUACAAGCUUCGCGGCGGCGGCGCGGGCGGAGCGGGGAAUGGAGAUUCGUCGGCGUCGACGGCGAGGGUGAUCGGGGAGGGCGACGCGCUGCGGCGUGCAAGGGAGGAUGCCGCUGCGGCCGGGAAGCAGUGGAAGCCCUUUGGGGAGAUACACCUCAAGGUUUCAUCAAUCCGUGCAAGCAAGUCUGAUGAUAAGAGGUUGUAUAUAUUCAGUGGAACUAAGACGUUACACUUGAGGUGUGAAACUGAGGAGGACAGGAAUGCAUGGGUAGAGUCUUUGCUGUCGGCGAAAGAUCGCUUCCCGCGGUCGUUGACAAGCAACGAUUUUGGUCCGGUGGCAGAUAUUGCAUUGUCCACUGAGAAGCUGAGGGUGCGGCUGCUUCAGGAGGGGCUGAAUGAAACUGUGGUCAAGGAAUGCGAAUCUAUUAUGACGACUGAGCUGCUGGAGCUGCACAACCAGAUGAAGUCUCAGCAGCAGCAGCAUUCUGUUUUGGUAGACCGGCUCCGGCAACUUGAGACAGAGAAAGUUGAGCUGGAGAGAACGGUUGUACAUGAAACAAAAGAGCGGGAAGCGCAUGGUUACACCAAUGGCAGAUAUAGUGAUUUCCAUUCAGUAUUAUCAGGAGGGAGUGGAAGCGAAUCUGAUCCUGACACUGCAAGCCAAGUUGCAGACGUUGAAUCUGAUGAAGAUGAAGUGACAUACUUUGAUACAAGAGAUUUUCUGUCUGUAGAGUCUCUACGAAGUGCUUCUUCUCGAAGAAGGGAACUUCUGACAAAUGGCUGCAGUGGAUUAGAAUAUAUUAGAGACUCCACUGUGAGUACUGUCAAAUCUAUUCAGUACCCCUUUGUUAAACGUCGAGAUAAGUUGCCGGAGCCAAAGGAGAAAGAGAAGCCUGUAGGAUUAUGGUCAAUAAUUAAAGAAAAUAUAGGGAAGGAUCUGUCGGGUGUUUGUCUGCCUGUUUAUUUCAAUGAGCCUCUGUCUUCUUUGCAAAAGUGUUUUGAGGAUCUGGAGUACUCUUACUUGGUUGACAAUGCACUACAGUGGGGAAAGCAGGGUGACAGCUUGAUGAGGAUACUUCAUGUUGCGGCUUUUGCAGUAUCAAGCUAUGCUUCAACAGAAGGUCGGCAAUGCAAACCCUUCAAUCCUCUACUUGGCGAAACAUAUGAAGCUGAUUACCCAGAUAAAGGACUUCGUUUUUUCUCUGAGAAGGUCAGUCACCACCCGAUGGUUGUUGCAUGUCACUGUGAUGGUAGAGGCUGGAAAUUUUGGGGUGAUUCGAAUCUGAAAGGAAAGUUUUGGGGUCGAUCCAUCCAGCUUGAUCCAAUAGGUGUUCUAACUCUCCAAUUUGAUGACGGGGAAACAUUCCAGUGGAGUAAAGUGACUACUUCCAUAUACAAUAUCAUAAUAGGGAAGAUCUACUGUGACCACUAUGGCACAAUGCGCAUCAAGGGAAGUGGCCAUUACUCUUGCAAGCUUAAAUUCAAAGAAUUAUCGAUAAUUGAUCGGAAUCCACACCAGGUGCAUGGAUUUGUACAAGAUAAUAGGACUGGACAAAAAGUAGCCAUGUUAAUUGGAAAAUGGGAUGAGGCUAUGUAUUAUGUGCUUGGGGACCCAAGUGCAAAACCCAAGUGGUAUGACCCAAUGUCAGAAGCAGUUCUUUUGUGGGAAAGAGACAAGUCUAUGAACCAAACACGAUACAACCUUUCUCCAUUCGCAAUUUCUUUAAAUGAAUUGGCACCUCACAUGUUGACGAAGCUGCCUCCUACCGAUUCUCGCCUAAGGCCUGAUCAGAGGCAUCUGGAAAAUGGUGAAUAUGAGAUGGCAAAUUCAGAGAAACUUAGGCUUGAACAACUUCAACGACAGGCUCGAAGAUUACAAGAGAAAGGAUGGCAACCAAGGUGGUUCAGGAAGGACGAGGAUGACAGCUACUGUUAUGUUGGGGGUUAUUGGGAAGCUCGGGAGAAGGGAAACUGGGACGGGAUCCCGGAAAUAUUCGGCCAGAGCAGUACAUUGCCUGGGUGGUCGUAGCUAUAGCGCUGCCUUGUGAUCCCUUUCGUGGUAGUUCUAUCCACAUUUCUUUACAGAAAUAUUUACCGGCUGCCAUAUACAUAAUGAAACAAUGUCAAGAUAUGCCGACUUACUGGUGGUUUCAGGUAGCCAAAAUGUACUGGUGAACACAUGAUGGGAUUAUGUGGGAAUGCAAAAUUCAGUUGUGGGCUCAAAUGGCAUCCUGAUUUUUGAAACAAUUCUUUGUUUUUGGAGUCUACAUGUACAUCGGGCAUGCUUUGAGGUGUACCUUUGGUUACAAGCCUGUCAAUUUUGAGUACUUCUCAUUUUGGAGAAUUAAUGUAGUUAAAGGGAUAUCUUACUACAGAGAUAUAGUGAUUCACUCCUCCUUUUCAGGGAAAAAACAA